AUGGAGUCCUAUGUUUGUGAACAUGAAAUAACCGAAAUCGUCGAUUCUGCAAUAAUCUGUAAAAAAUGUGGAGAAUACAUUUCUUCCGAAAUAUUCGAGCCCGACUCACAUGAUUUAUAUGAAGGUCGUACGCUUAGGCCAGUAACACUUGAUGGCACGCGAAUAGAUCCUGGAGGUUUCCAGAAUAAACUUUCGGCCAAGUUGGCCAUUAAUCAAAUAACUUAUUCACUGGGCUUAGAAACCAUCGAAUCAAAAGUUACAGCGUUGUUUAAUAUGGUCGAAAAAAAGUUUCAAGUUGGCGAAGGUCAUCUUUUACGCGUUGUGAUCGGUGCUUGCGCAUUAUUGAUAAUUCGGGAGGAAAAGAUUCCUAAAACAAUGCGCGAAGUGGCGUUUACGUUGGACUUGGAAAUACAACAACUCACAAAUGUGGUACAUAAGAUACGGAUGCACCUGAUGCCUUCAGUACCAAGCUUUAUAGACGUUGAAGUAUUAGUCAAUAAAGUAAUGCACGAACUAUUCGAAAACCGUGACAACCGACAGUAUUUACCAAUUUAUGUGGACACCCAACAACUAGAUCAUCUUAGACAAGAUGUGCAGGCAUUCGAUACUCGGAGUGACAGCAAUUAUCCGGAAGAUAGUGUUUCACGUAAGGAGUUUCAAGAUCACAUCAUGAAAUAUUAUCGUAAGGUUUUUACCGGACUAUGCAUGCAGCUGCUCAAGUAUGCUAAUGAGGGUAAUAUAAUAACCGGUAAGCAACCUUCCCCUGUUGGCGCGGCGAUCAUUUUAAUCGCAGUCGAAGCCACCGAAAAACCGAGUCACGAGGAAUGGAAGAAUAACCAUAAGCGAGCAUCAGAUAUUAUCAGCAGAAUGUUUCAAGUAGAUUCACAUUUAAUAAUGAUUGACAGAUACAAAGAAUUGAUAGACUUGAUACAUUCCAAAGUCAUCAAUCUCCCUUGGAGUUUUCUGGCACAAGAAAAUAAGAGCAGAAGCUAUUUGUACCUUGUUGAUCUGGUGCAAUUCCAUGCAUGGAUCUCAGACUGUCGCGAAAAGGGGAAACAAAAGAGACGUGCUAUGAUGGAUAGGGACACGGGUGCUGAGCAUGAUGAGACAAUAAGCACAGAUCACGUUGAUCACGGAGGUGAAGGUAGAUCUCCGGAGAAAAGCUACAGUAAGGAUCGUGUUACAAGCGAAGAGCAUAGAUUGGAUGUUUCCGAUGUACCCCUGGAUGAUGAAGAAUUAGAGGAGUAUAUGCGGACCGAAAAUGAGAUUGAAAUGGCAAGGAAUUCAUGGGAAGACCAAGAAAGUUCGGGCGAUCAAAGCGAACACAACAAUACCAAAAGUAAGAUGCUUAAAAAACGAAGACAAGUCCUUCGCGAGAAAGGCACGUUCAAGAAACGCCGAGUUGACGAUCGACUUGAGGCAUCACAAUCUGAUGGGUUUGGAGAUACGGACGGGGAUGAUGUCGCAAGCAAUGCACACAAAAAAGUUGCAAGAACCGAAAAGACAUCCAAGAUAAAGCUUAACUUUGAUCCAAGUACCAUCGAUAUGAAUUUGUUUGACCACAUAUAG